CGUGAAAGCGUCCGGCUUUUCCUCUCCGAAGCAGCUCUCCCGAACCCAACUAUCUGAUCCCAGCCCAAGACUCCCUCCCUCCCCUCCCCGCAGCUGCCAACGAAACACGCAACGAUCUUCAUCCUCCAGGGACCCUUCUCACCACCCUUCUCAUCUGUCCUUCUAGUCGGACCCUCUCGCCCCGUGGUCAGUCUGCCAAGAUGUCUACCGCCGCUCGUCGUCGUUUGAUGCGAGACUUCAAGCGUAUGCAAACGGACCCACCAGCUGGUGUAUCAGCAUCGCCUGUAGCAGACAAUGUCAUGACUUGGAACGCUGUCAUCAUCGGACCAGCCGACACGGCCUUCGAGGAUGGUACCUUUCGGCUUGUCAUGCACUUCGAGGAGCAGUACCCAAACAAACCACCAGCAGUCAAGUUCAUCAGCACCAUGUUCCACCCAAACGUCUACGCCACCGGAGAGCUCUGCUUGGAUAUCCUGCAGAACAGAUGGAGCCCAACAUACGAUGUCGCGGCGGUCUUGACAAGUAUACAAAGUCUCCUGAACGAUCCAAAUACCAGCUCGCCUGCCAACGUUGAGGCUUCCAACCUGUACAAAGACAACCGACGGGAAUAUGCGAAACGAGUGAGGGAGACGGUGGAGAAGAGCUGGGAGGAUUAGGCUGCAGACAAUGGCCGGUGAGCCGGAGUGCGCGAAUAUUCCCGUGCAUUAUGAGACCCUGACGGCGGGAGUUCUGGUGUUUUGCGCGGUUCUUGAUUAUUCU